GGAGGAAGCUAAGAAGAGAGAGUGAGCGAGCAUAUUCAUAUUUACCAUGCCUGUCACUCCUCUGCCUGCUGCGAGUGGCUGCUGCAAAGCUCUUCAGUGUGAUUGGAGUGUGUGCCUGACCUUCAGUGACCUGCAGACCGCCAGAGGCCAAACUUUCCCUCAAACAAACAGUCACAUCGGGAGUUCUUCCAACGCAAAAAUCAGCAGGCCAUGGGGCAAGAAGAGAGCCACAGCGAGGAGAUGGAUUUGGAAAAGAUUCAGGAGCUGUGCAUCAUUUUCAUGAAGGAGUGUCCGAGCGGCGCCCUCCACCUGCACGAGUUCAAGAGGAUCUUCGGGGUGCCGAGCAGCUCUGCAGAGGAGUCCCUCUACAUGGAGACUAUAUUCCACUCCUUUGACACAAACAAGGACAACACACUGGAUUUCCUCGAGUAUGUAGCAGCGCUUCACUUGAUCUUACGAGGGAAUCUUGAAGAUAGACUCAAGUGGUCCUUCAAGAUGUACGACAAAGACGGGAACGGCAAGUUGGACAGACAGGAGGUGAAACGGAUCAUACGGAUAAUUUACAAAAUCAAGCUCCAGAAGAGCGACGUCAGCAUGACGCUGUCUGAAAUCUGUGACCGAAUCUUUCAGCUGGUCGACAAGAAUAACGACGGUCAGAUAACUUUGUCUGAGUUCAUGGAGGGAGCUCAGAAGGACGAAUGGGUCAUGAACCUGCUGAAGUUGGACGUCAACGCCACGGGCUGGGUCAUCCAGAACUGUGGGAAAUUACCUUGAGGCGUCACUGAAUGAGUUUUUUGUUGUUGUUUGAGGCAGACACAGAGGUGCUGUCUUCAUAAAUUGGGUCUCGCCACGUUCAGCUUCCUGUGAUUUGGAGUUGGAGCUCAGUUCACGGCGACGGUUCUGCCAGGAUUUCGCCUGCUGGUCCGAAGGUCCGAGUCCUUGCUGUGUGUCUGUGGUCUGUUUGGGCAUCAAGCCAAACUCACCAAACAGAGAACAUUUACUGUACAUGCAGUACAGGCAGUUAUUGUGUAUUCACACUGAUUAUUGUUGAGGAUAGUCGAUUUAAUAGAAAAGUAAAAAACGCACAAAGUUUAAAUAUCAGCAAAAAUCAGCCAACGCUGUAUUUAUGUGAUUUAACUUGUUACAAUGAGGCUUAAUUUAAUAUUUAUUAAUGUUUGUGGUUAUGAUAAUAUACAAAUACAUUGGUAGAACACUUAUUAUGCUAAUAUAUCAAACCAGUGACCAGACUUUGGACAGUACAACAAACUAAAAACACAAACUGACAUGUUAUUUAGUUCAUUCAAAGGUUCCCUGUGGAGUUUCACUACAGAGUGAUCUACAGGUGGAUGUAACACAGCAAUAUAUGCAGCAAUGUGCAACUACAUUGCUUUUGUUUGUUUGCAGGAAAACUCCACAGGGUGCCUUUUAAAAUGGACAAACACAACAAGAGAUUGUUGCAUGAGAAUCAAGGUUAUGUGAGGUAAAGAACUUUAUUUAUUUUGAGGUAAAUUGUUGCAGUAGAUAUAUGGUGCAAAUAUAAAAGACGUAAAUCCAAAAUAUACAGAAUGCCAAAAAUAUAAACAGGAUUUAUUUAUGAGCAGCUUGCAGCCCUUCGUUAAGAUGUUGUAAUGACUGCGUUAGCAAACAGUUGCCUUUUUAAUAUUUCAUUUGAAAUUGUGUUUCUGUCCACCUGGUAUCAACUCUUCUUUUAGCUCUGGUUUGGUCUCCACCAUCUCUGCUCCACUUUCUUCACCAGAUAGUCUCUAACUGCCUGAUAUUUGGUGAAGGGCUGCUGUUGUUGCUGAUGAUGAGAACGGUGGGAUUCACCAAAAACAAUGAAACGUUCCUCAGAGGUGAGAGACUCUGUCACCUCAGUUUCAGAGACACCAUGAACCCUAAAACAAUAUAAGAGAACAUGAUGCAGUUUGUUUUUUGUACUUAAACUAAUGUUUCUGUUUCAGACGUGCAUUUAUUUUGUUAAUAAAAAUCAUUUGUACACACCUUGUGUUGUU